GGGCGCCCUUUCACAUAUUAUAGGUUUUAUCACACACAUGUAUGGAUACUAAAAAUUAUCAAUCUUCAUUCAGGGACGACUUGGGUACAGGAAAUCGUCUGGCAAAUCUACAAUAAAGGAACUGUCAGCAGUGUUAAGCAAGCAUUUCGAUUCCCAUUUCUUGAAAUGACUGCCACUCACGAAAAGCUUGUAGAGCUCAUUGAUCUUAAAACUCUGCCAAGCCCUCGCCUGAUAAAGUCCCACCUUACCUACAGCACUACUCCAAGAAGUGCAAAUAAAGAUGAUCAGUGUAAAUACAUCUACAUUGCCCGCAACCCAAAGGAUGUAGCAGUGUCAUAUUUUCAUUUUACGGAGUAUUUGAACAUGUUUGGCACUGAUUACAAUGGACCAUGGGAAUUUUUCGCGAAGUUAUUCAUAGAGGGAAAUGGUAAGUUUUAUUAUAUGUAUGCAGUCAUUAUGUAAAUAUACUGCAGGAGGAGAGAGGAUGUUUUUUAAUGUGCAUUAUUUGUCAUAUUCGUGAUUACAGAAUUUUAAGACAUCUCCCACUUGACUAAAAGGAAAAAUAACAACCAUCCUUCUUGAUUACGAAAGUGAAGUAACGUAACGGCAAUAUAACAUAACCAUCAAUGGUCAAGAGAUACGUUUAAUAUAGAGGAAUGAAAAAAAUGGAAACAGGUCAUACGUACGUGGUAGUAUUGUUAUCGUAAAAGAAGUUUUGAAGCCGAGUUACUAGUUACUCAUUCUGCAUACCGUAUUUAUUCGAAUAAGCGCCCAACCUCGAAUUAGCGCCCACCUCGAAUAAGCGCCCAUGCUAAAGGCAGAAAAAGUUAAUAAGAGCCCAGCCUCGAAUAAGCGCCCACCCCACCCCACUCCCUCCCACAAUAACUCCAAUAAGAGAUAAUAAGACACCCUUUCGAAGACGGAGUUUUCUUCAGAGUAUUUUACAGAAACCUUGCUUCGCUACAUCUUCACUUUUUGUUGCUACCAUUUACUGUUUUGUUGCAAAAUAUACUACUACACUUGCUGAGAAUGGUGAAAAUUUAAUAAGCGCCCAGCCUCGAAUAAACGCCCACCUCGAAUAAGCGCCCACUCUCAAGGUCCAAAAAUUUAAUAAGCGCCCAUGGCGGUUAAUCGAAUAAAUACGGUAAGUCUUUACUCAUGAAUUCACCUGACAAAAUGUUGACCAAUCUGACACUAGAUUGGUCUUGCGGAGUUAUUAAGCUAAAGGCUAAGCGUUAGAAUUUAUUUUUAACGUUUUUCCGUCCGUAAGCAAAACACAAAAACUUAAAGAAUUCUACUGAAGCAAUUAGUUGGUGGCCUCCAAACUAGUUAAUUUUACGAAAGGUGCAUGUCUGGGACUCUCUUCCUCUCCCUUGAAAAGCCUCCUCUCCCCCAGAGUCUGUACGGACGGGCGUACCCUGACUUCAUAACCAAAUUUUCGCGCAUCGAUAGGUUUCCAGUUUCUAUGACAAUGGACCGGAAGCUCCGGCACUAACAUAUCCAUAUAAAGCACACCGUAAUAGAUCCCAUUCACGAUACCCGGGAUCUUUGCACGCGCUUUGGGAUUGUUGGAUAAAACAUGUCACGUGAUAUUUCAGGGGGGAAACAAGUGUUAAAAUUUGUCGAUAUGAUUAAUUGUGGUCGAGUUUGUUUAUUUUCUUAAAACGAUACUACAAAUUUUAGACGUGCAAAAUGUACAGUCGAGUUUCGACAAGUUUUGCUCUCUGUAAAAACAUUUACAGUCGCCACUACAUUAAAAAAAAUGACAACGAUCAAUCCCACCCAUAAUUUGCCAUUAUGGCCUUUUAAGAUGAAACGUUCUGUAUUUUCUGUUGUCUUGAAUAGACAAAUUUGACCACGAUUUCUUGUAUUUGCAGAUUUUGUCACUUGUUUACCCCCAGAAGAACCACUUAACAUUGUUUUUAUCCUAUCAGUCCUUUAAAAGUGCGAGCAAAGAUAGCGGGUAUCGUGAGUAAGGUCUGUUGCUUACUAUUUUGUUUUGAGUAGUUGAAUAUAACCUUUGGAAUGACCAUGUUCUUGACUGGUGGAAACACAGAGAUGAUCCCAAUGUCUUGUUCCUCAAAUAUGAAGAUUUACACAAGGUAAACUAAAGGCAAAGAUUGAUCUGGGUUAUUCAGCGUAAAACAGAGUGAGAUCUGGGUACAAGAUUAAACGAUGCUUAAGCCGUGUUCAGAAGCCGAACUCUUUAUGAGCCGAACCUAAUACAUUGAGUUAAGUUCAUGAAAAGUUCGGCGUCUGAGUCAAUUAGGAACGCCUAUUUCAAUUUGGAACGGCUCAGUCAUUCUUCCUGCCUAGCCCGGCCGGGAAGUUCGACUUUGGAACGACUUUGGAAAGCUUUGAUUCAGACGCCGAACUUUUCUUGUACCUAACCUAACCUAAUGCAAGCAGUUUGACCAAAAUGAGCAUUUUUCUCCUUUUGAAUUUAGUUCCAGGCCCCCCAAAAAAUGCAGGUGAUGAAAUUCCCCGAGAAAUGAAUACUGUUGAAAACUGAACCCAAAAUUUGCCAAGUGGGGAGCACUUUUGGGGUUACCCAUACGUUCUGCCAAGAGAGAAUGAGCUAGAUCAUUCCCUCUUGGUUCUGCCGGAGAUCUCAAACUGUAGAAUGCGUAUUCAAAAUGUAUUCCCCCAGGAGAAUGGUUAUAAAAGCCGGCAAACACCAAAGUUGAAACCAACGGUUCUGUAGUUUAUGUUGAAAACUCCUUGACCCUGCACAAUCCUUUGUUUUUUGUUCACCAAUUGUGACUGCAUAAAUUAACGCGAUGUUUCUCUUACUCAGUAAAAUCAAAAUGAUAGGAAUGCUAUUGAACAUUGUGCACGGUCAGGUCCAAAAAAGCUAUCAACUACAAGAUAUAACAAAGGAGUCUAACGGGUUUCAUAACCAUUCCACUUUAAUAACUAUAUGACCUAGGGAAAAACUAAUUUGGUGCACUGAGGACUUGUUUGAUAAAUAGGUACUUAAAUCUACAACGGUACGGUACUGAAUUAAUAUUAAUUUCUCCUAGGAUCUACCUUCUCAUGUUCAAAUUAUUGCUGAUUUCUUGAACAAGCCCUUGUCAGAUGAACUCCUCAGUCGCAUCGCCAAGCAGUGCACCCUCAAGGGCAUGCAGGAAAAUAUGACAAGUUACACAGUCGACGACAAAGAAACUACUUCAGCUUUGUUACGAAAGGGCGUGGUCGGAGAUUGGAAGAACUACUUCACUCCAGAGCUGAAUGAGAGAUUUGAUAAUGAGGUGUUGUCAAAACUGAAAGGAACCGGAUUAGAGUUUGACUUCCACAUGUAA